UUUAAAUUCAGGCGUUUACUGUAGUCUUCAUUCAGUCAGGUCAGGUGACUGGGAGCAAGAUGACUACAUACACAGACAAAGGAGAAAAGCACGAGCAGGGCAGGUUCCUCUGCUUUGAUCAUUUAACUUUCUGGGUUGGAAAUGCAAAGCAGGCUGCAUCCUAUUACUGUAACAAGCUCGGGUUUGAGCCACUGGCUUACAGAGGUUUGGAGACAGACAGCAGGGAAGUCGUGUCCCAUGUGGUCAAGCAAGGCAAGAUCAUUUAUGUGUUCUCAUCUGCCCUCAAUCCUGGAAACAAAGAGAUGGGAGAUCACUUGGUGAAGCAUGGGGAUGGAGUGAAAGAUAUUGCAUUUACAGUGGAGGACUGUGAUUACCUCGUCCAGAAAGCUCGUGAGCGAGGGGCAGUUAUUAUAAAGGAGCCCCACACUCUGGAGGACAAGUACGGCAAAGUCAGGCUGGCCGCGCUUCAAACGUAUGGUGACACCACUCACACAUUUGUGGAGAGGAGAGGCUACAAUGGGUUGUUCCUGCCUGGUUUCCAUCCCCCUCUUUUCAAGGAUCCUUUCUUAGCCAAACUGCCAAGUGGAAAACUGGACUUCAUUGAUCAUGUUGUGGGAAACCAACCAGAUGAUGAGAUGGUCCCAGUGGUGGAAUGGUAUCAAAGGAACCUCCUGUUUCAUCGCUUCUGGUCAGUGGAUGACAAACAGCUUCAGACAGAAUUCAGCGCCCUGCGCUCCAUUGUGGUGGCAAACUAUGAAGAGACUGUAAAGAUGCCCAUCAAUGAGCCUGCCAUGGGGAAGCGAAAGUCUCAAAUCCAGGAAUAUGUUGAGUACUAUGGAGGUCCAGGAGUGCAGCAUAUUGCCAUGAACACAUCAGAUAUCAUCACUGCAAUUCGUAACCUAAAGGAGCGUGGGAUGGAGUUUAUGUCGGUGCCAGACACUUACUAUAACCAACUGAGGGAGAACUUGAAACACUCCAAAGUCAAAAUCUUAGAGGCUCUGGAUGUCCUGCAGGAGCUAAAGAUCUUGGUGGACUAUGAUGACAACGGCUAUUUACUUCAGAUCUUCACCAAGCCAGUUCAGGAUCGCCCCACAGUGUUCUUGGAAGUCAUUCAGAGACACAAUCACCAGGGAUUUGGUGCCGGAAACUUCAAAUCUCUUUUUGAAGCUAUUGAAGCAGACCAGCAUGCUAGAGGAAAUCUGACCAUCCUGACACCAAAUGGAGUUUUAAAGAAUGUGUGAACCAACUGAUACAUUCACUUUAUUCCUCUGGAAACUCUCAAUAAUGAUUCGCUACAAAAAUGAUCCAGUCUCCUCAGGGUCUCAUUUAAGUGCUAUACCAGUACUCUCAUAUUGUGAUCUACACAGUAAGAAUAUCCAAAGUAUGUGUAAUGACCUUUAUUUUUCUGCAAUUUAACAAUUUUCUUCAUGUGCUACCUUAUUAUUUCCUCUAGUUUUACUAGUAAUCAUCUUAUGAGUUUGUAUCAACAAGAAAACACGACAAGCUAAAAGUCAUAAUGCAGUUUUCUUCUUAUAAAACAUAAACAGAAAAACAUCUUUACAAGCUUGACUCAAGCAAAAGACAAUGACAGCUCUCAUUAAUGAAAACACUUAACUAUCAUUUGGACGUUUUCCUGUAAUUUUCCUCUUUUGUUAAAAUAAAGACCUUGAAUGUCUUAACUUUUAACUGUCAUAUAUGAGUAACUGUAUUGUUUUGUAAUAUUUUAAGACAUUUUACCAGAUGUUACACAUGGUACAUUAUCUUUCAAACCUAGCCUGACUAGACAAAGUAAUGAUUCAAAUGGUUGGUCCC